AUGCUGCCCCUACGAGGCCUGUUGCGCCAGCAGGCUCGACCAUUACCUCUACAAUAUGGCCGAUAUAUCCACUACCAGUCCAGCCGUCGUCCUACGCCCUCUGCGCCAGUAGCUACCACUAAUUGCCGCAAGAAGAGCUCAGAAUCUGGCAUCAGUGAUGCAGGAGAAGAUGAAACGGGUCACAUCAAUACCGCUCCUAAUGAGAGCAUUCUUUUCUUCGAUAACAUAUUCCCUCUCAGGCUGCAAUGGUUGACAAGAAUACCUUUUCUAGAUGCUAGAACAAUUAUCUCUGCCUACAGGCGAGUCAAUAGUCCGCACAUAGCUUUGGCCGAUCCAACGGGAAUUGUCGAUCGAGCACUACCGAAGAAUUUGCCCAUCAAGAUAUUGUCUAUCUUGCCUAGGCUACGCGAGGGUGGUGCCUAUGUCAAGUUCCAGCAUGAGGCCGGCAUUUCUGCUCAAGAGUUGGAAGGCACAAUUAAGGACUAUCUCAAACAUAAACCCAUUAGACCUUGGUUCAACCCUCUUCGACGUGUAAGAACAUUUUUAGUCAAAGGGAAGCCUUGGAUCGAAGAUCUGUACCGCCUGCCGAGUCAGAGAGUCAAGGUUGAAUUUCUACCAACAACACCAGAAGCGUCGGCCGCCGAGCUGACUCAGGAGACACUAUACUCACUUUUCCGCAGAUAUGGCACAAUCCUUGAGAUGACCUCUCAGCCUUCCGAUUCCAAGAUCGCUCCUCGCUUUGCCUAUGUUGACUUCUCGAGGGUACGAUAUGCCACAAUGGCUAAGAACUGUAUGCAUGGUUUCAUUUUGGUCGAAGAGCACGGUGGUGGAAAAUCUGGUACACUGCUGAAACUCAGCUACGAGCCCAAGGUUAGAGGCAAGUGGAUAAGAGACUGGCUAGCCAGCCAUCCGAGAAUAGUAAUCCCGGUCGUCGCAGCCCUCAUUGCUGCUCUCUCUGUCUCUAUCUUUGACCCUAUCAGGACAUGGAGCAUCCGCCUGCACAUUACCCACGGCCUUCAUCUCGAACAGAACAAGUACUAUCAAUGGGUCAUGCAACAACUUUCUCGAGGUUAUGAUUAUGUUCGCUUUGGAUCUAAGAAGUCUGAAGAUGCAGGUCUUGAUGCCAUAUGGGAAGACAGACAUAGCCAGAUGCAGCAGCUCAAGACAUGGAUGUCUGAAAGUGCCGACACUUUCAUCGUCAUUCAAGGUCCUAGAGGUGCUGGCAAAAAGCAAUUAAUAGAUCAAGCUCUGUCACAUGUGCCACAGAAGCUGGUUAUUGAUUGUAAGAAGAUUCAGGAUGCUCGUGGAGAUAGCAAGACUAUCAAUGCGGCAGCAAACGAGGUUGGGUACCGACCAGUAUUCUCAUGGAUGAACUCCUUCAGCAGCAUGAUUGACUUAGCUGCUAUGGGUACGAUAGGAACCAAGACUGGUUUUUCUGAGACUGUCGAAAAUCAACUUGUGAAGAUAUGGACAAACACAACAUCAGCUCUGAAAGGUCUAGCACUCUCGCACCGGGACAAGAAAGGUCGUGAUGCUGGCAUGCCCGACGAUGAAUGGCUCGAGGCUCAUCCCGAGCACAGACCGAUCGUGGUCAUCGACAAUUUCUUGCAUAAGAGCAAUGAGGCAGGCGCAAAUAUGGUCUAUGAUAGAAUUGCUGAGUGGGCUGCUAGCCUGACAACACAGAACAUUGCUCACGUCAUAUUCCUGACCACGGAUGUGUCUUUCUCCAAAUCUCUGUCCAAAGCGCUUCCCGAUCGCGUCUUUCGACAGAUUGCCCUCGGAGAUUGUUCGCCAGAAGUUGCAAAGAAAGUCGUUAUUCGACAUCUCGAUACAGACGUUGUAACCCGAGAAGGUGAGAAGAAAUUGACAGAUUCGCAGUUGCGGACUGACCUCGACGAGCUUGACGGUGUGAUCCAGGUUCUUGGUGGUCGGCUGACAGAUUUGGAAUUCCUUGCACGACGGAUACAGGCAGGUGAAACCCCAGGUCGUGCUGUCAAGCAGAUCAUCGAACAAUCAGCAUCUGAGAUUCUAAAGAUGUAUUUACUGGAUGGCGAAAGAACCUGGACACCUCAGCAAGCAUGGGUUCUGAUCAAGGAACUGGCCUCAAAUGAGGAACUUCGAUACAACGAGAUUCUGCUCAACGACAUGUUCAGCAAAAAUGGUGAACAGGUACUCCAAAACUUGGAACAGGCCGAACUGAUCAGUAUAGCUUCAGCUAAUGGCCGACCAAACAAGAUCAAGCCCGGGAAGCCAGUCUACCUAUCCGCCUUCCAGUAUCUGACUGAGGACGAUGUGUUGCGUAGUCGUCUGGAUCUCAGUAUAUUAUCGCAACUCGCUGCAAAGGAGAAAUCGACUAUUGAUGCGUGUGAGAAUGAACUCAAGUUGCUAUCUGAACUUCCAGGCAUGCCGGCUGAGCUGAAACCUCGAAUUAGGUAUUUGUUGGACAAGGCCCUAGCAUCACAGGAGAAGAUUGUUGGUUACGAGGCCAAGCAAGGACAGUUGAAGAAAGUGUUGACUGAAAAGUAUUGA